AUGUCUGUUACCAGCGCCGAGGUAGUCGUCGCGCCUCCUCGGGAGCCUCUCGACGAGAUGGCUGCUCUGGCCGCUGCUCUGCCUGGAGGCGAAGAGUCUGCUGCGAUGGCGCGUGAGAAGGGCUGGGUCGUGCCUCAGCGCUACAACUACGAGGCCUACAACGCCCUCAACAAGGACAUGGUUGCAGAUGCGCUGCCUUGGGCCUCUAACUCGGCCAAGUACGAGUGGAAAGAAGAAUACGGUGACGUUGGCCCUCCAAACGAGGAGCUGGAGCAGAUGCUCUUCAAGGACGAGUACAUUCCUCGCGUUGGAAAACUCCUAGAGAAGCUGAUGGGUAAAGCAAAGAAACUCGCUACCCCCCGCCCUGACCUGGGGAAUGGCUUCAAUGAAAGCUUGGAUGCCGUUCGCGCUGAACCUCUUGUUCUCGUAGUCGUUCCAACUCGCGAGUUAGCCACUCAGAUCUUUGAUGAGGCACGUCGUCUUUGCUACCGCUCUAUGCUGCGUCCAUGUGUUAUUUACGGAGGCGGACCAACCCGUGACCAGCGCACUGAGCUCCAGAAGGGUUGUGACAUCCUUAUUGCUACUCCCGGUCGCCUUAUCGACUUUAUGGAGAAACCCAAUGUCCUCUCUCUCUGUCGUGUCCGUUACACCAUCAUCGAUGAGGCUGAUGAGCUUCUCAAGGCCGAUUGGGAGGCAGAGUUUACUAAGAUCCUCGUUGGAGGAGACAUCAAUGAGGAUGCUGACCAUCGUUACAUGAUGUUCUCUGCUACGUUCAACAAGGGCUGUCGUCAGGUUGCUCUUAAGUACCUUGCCAACGACUAUGUUAGAAUCCGCAUCGGCCGUGUUGGUAGUACCCAUUUGAACGUCACCCAGCAGUUCGUCUGGGCCGAGGAAAGCAUGAAGAAGAGAUGUCUCUACGAUCUUCUGAUGGCAAUGCCUCCAUCCCGUACCAUCGUCUUUGUCAACAACAAGACUCAGGCCGAUUUCAUCGAUGAUUUCUUCCGUGCGUUCAAGACCGCAAAGUCUCCCAUCUUGAUUGCCACUGCCAUCUCAGCUCGUGGUCUCGAUAUCAAGAAUGUCAUGCACGUUGUCAACUACGACUUGCCUUCUAUUAAUCACGGCGGUAUUGACGAGUACAUCCAUCGCAUUGGCCGUACCGCACGUAUUGGUAACCCAGGUCUAGCCACCUCGUUCUACAACGACAAGAACUCCGACAUCGCCGGCGACCUGGUCAAGAUCCUCAUUGAAUCCAAACAAGUCAUUCCUGACUUCCUGCAGGGCGAGGCUCCUCCAGAUGGUGUUCUCAACUUUGACGAUGACACUGACGAGGAGGGUGGUGACGGCGACAACGCCGGUGCCGACGACGUCUGGGGAGCUCCGCCUCCCCCUGCAGCUGCUGCCGGCUUCGCAGAGGCCCCAGCUGUCAACACCGAUACCCAAGGCGCCUGGUCUGGUCCUGCCGAUGGGAACUGGUAA